UAUUUCAAAAUUUAAAUUCCGGAAUUUUCACGAUCUCACAAAUAUUUCACUCCGAUUUCUCUCUCGAAGAUUAAACCAGCUCAGAACUCACUCCAAAACGAUGGAUGGGCAUGAUGCGGACAAUUCUAAACAAAGUACUGCUGACAUGACGGCAUUUGUCCAAAAUCUUCUCCAGCAAAUGCAAAAUAGGUUCCAGACUAUGUCGGAGUCCAUCAUCUCUAAAAUUGAUGAAAUGGGGAACCGCAUAGACGAGUUAGAGCAGAGCAUCAAUGAGCUUAGAACUGAAAUGGGUCAAGAAGGUUCUCCUUCUCCUGCAGCUCCAUUGAAGUCUGUAGAAGAACCUAAGUCCGGUGACGAUAGUUAAUCAAAUGAGCGAAUUGAUUUUCGAUGAUUUCUUUUGCGUGUUUAUGAUUUUUAAUAUGGGGAAUGCACUUUCCCUCUUGUCACUAUGUUAUUUGAGUGGAAAAUUGGUUUGCUGCAUUUUAUUUGUAUUUAAAGGCGAUGAUAAGGUAUUUCUCGUUGAUGUAUAAGUUCCUUGCUUUAUAAUAUGGAUCAAUCUUAAGUUGGUGUCAGCUUGAA